AUGUCUCGCAUACUGGUGUUCGGAUCCGGAAGCGUCGGGGUGCUCUACAGCUUUCUCUUGCACAAGGCUGGCGCCCACGUCGUCUGUGUAUGCAGAUCGAACUACCACACUGCACAGCUACAUGGUUUUACCAUAGCUUCAAGCGUCUUUGGACAGCACUCUUUCCAACCUGCCAUUGUCAGAUCCGUAGAGGAUGCUGUGUCCCUGGAUGAUCAACCAUUCGACUUCGUCCUGGUAUGCACAAAAGCAAUACCCAAAAGUCAAGCCUCGGUGGCUAAAGCUUUACUUCCGGCCAUGACUUCAGAUUCGACCUCUUUGGUGAUCAUUCAGAAUGGAUUGGGGGUUGAAAAAGAAUUCGCACGGCUUUCAUUCUCUGGCGCCAUUAUUUCCGGAGUCACCUAUUCGCCGACAUCACAAAUCGCACCAGGUGUAUACUCGCAUACAGAGACACAACGACUUGCCAUAGGAUGCUACCCCGCAGCCGAACACUCGAAGCACAAAGAAAGACUUUUCUCUCUGUCCGCCUUGUUGAAAGCAGGUGGCUCGAAUGUCACUAUCUGCGAAGACAUCCAGAUCGAGAGGUGGAAGAAGUUGGUCGGGAACACAACUUGGAAUCCAAUCUGCGCUCUCUCGAGAUGUCGAGACUUGGAGUUGUUGAACACAUCAUCGCUCGCUUCUGGCUUCGUGCGUAGAGUAAUGCAAGAAGUGGUGGCUGUCGCUGCAGCAUCUGGGUAUGCAGCCGCGAUCACUGAGGAAGUGAUCGAUGUGCAACUACUCAGGAGUUCUGCAAGAGAGUGGCCAGGUGUGGAGCCAAGUAUGAUGGCUGAUAUGCUUCUGAGUAAUAGAAUGGAAGUGGAAGCGAUCGUUGGGGAGGUCGUCAUGAUCGCAAAAGCUCUGGACGUGGAUACUCCUCGAUUGGAAACGAUGUAUGUUUUGUUGUCAGGACUCGACUGGUCACUACAAGCUCAACACUAA